GGCUGGGUCCGGUCAGUGGCCUUCUCGCCUGACGGCCGGCUGCUAGCGUCUGGCUCCGAUGAUGAAACUGUACGGCUCUGGGACCCGGCGACGGGCGCGCUACAGCAGACUCUCGAGGGCCACUCAGGCUCGGUUCAAUCAGUGGCCUUCUCGCCUGACGGCCGGCUGCUAGCGUCUGGCUCUAAUGAUAGAACUGUACGGCUCUGGGACCCGGUGACGGGCGCGCUACAGCAGACUCUCGAGGGCCACUCAGGCUGGGUCCGGUCAGUGGCCUUCUCGCCUGACGGCCGGCUGCUAGCGUCUGGCUCUUUGGAUGAAACUGUACGGCUCUGGGACCCGGCGACGGGCGCGCUACAGCAGACUCUCGAGGGCCACUCAGACUCGGUUCAAUUAGUGGCCUUCUCGCCUGACGGCCGGCUGCUAGCGUCUGGCUCCGAUGAUGAAACUGUACGGCUCUGGGACCCGGUGACGGGCGCGCUACAGCAGACUCUCGAGGGCCACUCAGGCUCGGUUCUAUCAGUGGCCUUCUCGCCUGACGGCCGGCUGCUAGCGUCUGGCUCUUUGGAUGAAACUGUACGGCUCUGGGACCCGGUGACGGGCGCGCUACAGCAGACUCUCGAGGGCUACUCAGGCUGGGUCCGGUCAGUGGCCUUCUCGCCUGACGGCCGGCUGCUAGCGUCUGGCUCCGAUG